CAGAGACCCGUCAAACUUUACCUGGCCGUGGAGGAGGGGGAUGAUAAGUUUAACAGGGUAUAUCUGGGAUUUUACUUUUUAGAUUUUAGCGCCAAACAGCUUUCCUACCAAAGCGUGCGCAUUUACGCAGAGUUCUCCGGGAACCCGUCAGACACCUUCUGGCAAGAAUGACAGAAGAGAAGCCUGUGGCAGACCAUCCGCGCAGUCCAGCCGGCAGCGACAGCUCCGUGUCCCACCAUGGAUCUGAUUCGGAGUCGCCCAUCUCUCCGUUAGGGUCCAGCGCAGAGGAGGCAGCGCGCCGGCCUGGGAUUACGCACAAACCGGAGAGCGGCGUUGAGGACGAGCGCUUCCCCGCCUGCAUCCGCGACGCAGUGUCACAGGUGCUGAAAGGUUACGACUGGUCGCUGGUGCCGAUGCCCUCUCAAGGCGAGAGAGGGCUCAAGUGCAAACCUCACGUGAAACGGCCGAUGAACGCGUUCAUGGUUUGGGCUCAGGCAGCGAGGAAGAAGCUGGCGGACCAGUAUCCUCAUCUGCACAACGCCGAGCUGAGCAAGACGCUCGGCAGACUGUGGCGACUUCUCUCUGAAUCGGAGAAGCGUCCCUUCAUCGAGGAGGCCGAGAGGCUGAGGAUGCAGCACAAGAAAGACUACCCAGACUACAAGUACCAGCCUCGGAGACGCAAGAGCACCAAACCAGGACAGGGGGACUGUAGACCGGGCCUGAUCCAGCAGCAGCACCAGCAUGGCCUGUAUAAAACAGAACCAGGCGUGGCCAGACUGGCUGGUGUAGGGGAGGUGCACCAUCAUCACCAUCCAGACAGGCCAGGACAGUCUCACGGACCUCCAACACCUCCAACUACCCCUAAAAUCGACCUUCACAUGGGGAGCAAACACGACGGCCACCGGCCUCUGGACAGCAUCACCGGCUCUGUUCCUCCCACCACCCGCCAGAACAUUGACUUCAGUAACGUGGACAUCUCAGAGCUCAGCACCGAUGUCAUCGGCACCAUCGACGGAUUCGACGUCCACGAGUUUGACCAGUACCUCCCUCCCAACAGCCAUGGCUCCACUGUUCUUACCCCACCAGACACCAGCCACGGACACAGCAAUCCUCCUGGAUCCUUCAUCCUACCCAGCGUCCACUCUCACUCCCACAGCAUUCCCACCUGGACGCCCAAAUGUACGAUUUCCGCUGGAAUGUCGCCAUCCACUUCCAGUCGCGACGUUCACGGGAUCCAAGAGGACUCUAGCCAAAGACCUCAGAUUAAAACUGAGCAGAUGAGCCCAGGUCAUUACAGCAGCUCCUGCACCUCCACUCCUCCGCCACAAUCUGAAUACACCUCCCUCGACUCAGGCGUCUGCCCUCCCUCCACUUCGUCCUCAUCCUCCACUGGCCAGUCUGACUACGCUGACCUCCAAAGCUCCGGUUUCUACAGCUCCUUCCCCGGUUACCCUCCCCAUCUGUAUCAGUAUCCAUACUUUCACUCCUCUCGCAGGCCUUACGCCACGCCGCUUAUCAACAGCCUGGCUUUGGCACCACCUGCACACAGUCCACCCUCUGGUUGGGAGCAGCCUAUCUACACAACACUCACCAGGCCUUAAAGAGGGAGAAGCCCCUUAAAAGUCUGUGCAUAUGGACCAAACCUAGCUGGAUUUCUGAAGGACCAAGCUGAUAUCUGUUGGCCAAAGCUUCAAAUGACUCAUGUCGUGCAUAAAUUUAUGUAACAAUAAAUUUGUUCAUUUUCUUGGGGGUAAAAAAUCUAAAGAUUGACAAAGA